CCAACCCCCCUCCCAGCCACCUCCGCCGCCUAUGGCCGCCCGCUCUCGGCCGAGGGCGGAGUCUCCCCGGGUGAAAUUGCUCCGGGUGCCGCUGCCGCUGCGACGUUGUAUCUUCUGCGACUUCGUUCGCUGAGGGAGGGAAGGCAGGGCUGGAGGGGGCCGGUGGUGACGGUGUUCCCGUUGCAAAGCCGCCGCGGAGCCGCCGCCGCCGCCGCCGCCUCUUCCGCCGGCGGAAAAGCGGGCGCUCCCUUAGCUGAGCCCGAGGCGGCCUCUGAGCGGCGGCGAAGCUUGCGGACAGGCUUCGGCUUCGGCUCGCCCCUGCUCCGCCUCCACCAUGUCUGUAGCUGGGGAUGGCGGGGCGGGGACUCCCAAGGCGCUACCUUCGUCCGGACCCAAAUCCCUGCAGGACAUCCCGCACCCGCUGGCCGCCUCCAGCAGCGAGGAGCUCAGCGUGGAACUGACGCCCAGCCCGGAUUUGCAACUGCCCCGCAGCAUCGCCGACAAGGAUCUCAGUUUGCCCAACGGUACUCCUGCAGAUACUUCUAGUCCCGCUUCUUCCUCCUCGCUUCUUAAUAGACUACAACUGGAUGAUGACUUGGAUGGGGAGAUGAGGGACCUCUUUGUCACUGUUGAUGAUCCCAAAAAGCAUGUCUGUACAAUGGAGACUUACAUCACUUACCGGGUCACAACUAAGACCACACGAGCGGAGUUUGACUUGCCAGAGUAUUCAAUGCGCCGAAGAUACCAGGAUUUUGAUUGGCUCAGGAAUAAACUGGAGGAAUCUCAGCCAACUCAUCUCAUUCCUCCUCUUCCAGAAAAAUUUGUAGUCAAAGGUGUGGUUGACCGUUUUUCAGAAGAAUUCGUUGAGACGAGGAGAAAGGCCUUGGACAAAUUCUUAAAAAGGAUUGCGGAUCAUCCGGUACUUUCUUUCAAUGAACAUUUCCAUGUGUUUCUUACAGCCAAAGAUCUUAAUGCUUACAAAAAACAAGGAAUGGCUUUGCUUACCAAGAUGGGAGAAUCGGUAAAAUAUGUCACAGGAAGCUAUAAAUUAAGAAGUCGACCGUUGGAGUUUGCUGCCAUGGGUGAAUAUCUAGAUACGUUUUCUCUGAAGCUAGGAACUAUUGAUAGAAUAGCACAGCGGAUAAUCAAAGAAGAAGUGGAAUAUUUAGUGGAACUACGAGAAUACGGUCCUGUUUAUUCAACCUGGAGUGCACUAGAGACAGAGGUGUCUGAACCUCUUGAAGGAGUAUCAGCCUGCAUUGGAAACUGUUGCACAGCUCUUGAGGAAUUGAGCGAAGACAUGACUGAAGACUUCCUGCCUGUUUUACGAGAAUAUAUCCUGUAUUCAGAUUCCAUGAAGAAUGUGCUGAAGAAAAGAGAUCAAGUUCAAGCAGAAUAUGAAGCCAAACUAGAAGCUGUGGCGCUCAAGAGAGAAGACCGUCCCAAGAUGCCCACAGAUGUUGAAAAGUGUCAAGACCGGGUAGAGUGUUUCAACGCUGACCUGAAGGCUGACAUGGACAGAUGGCAGAACAACAAGCGGCAAGAUUUUAGGCAGCUGCUGAUGGGAAUGGCAGAUAAAAACAUCCAAUAUUACGAGAAGUGCCUUACGGCGUGGGAGUCUAUUAUACCACUGUUGCAAGAUAAGACAGAGACCAAAUAAGCUGCAGCUUUUUUCUGAAUUUCUUCCCUGCACCACGGACAUUCACCAAAUGCCCAGAAUCACUACCACUAAUUAUACUGAAGAUUUACUAUACACCUUGAUGUAAGAUUUUUUUUUCUCUCCUGGAGGAACACCAAGUGUGCUAAUACUGAACUGUACAUUUUUGCCACUUUUUAACCAAACCACCUUGAACAUUCUUACUCUGUGAACUUUGGAUGAUGGAAGUUAAAACAAGAGCACUUUUUUCUCUUGGACCACUUUAUAUUAAAUGAAAUUGAUAAAUGGAACACUAAAAUCAUAAUAAAAAUAAAGACUCUUAAAUGCAAGGUG